CGCAAAGCCCGCAAGUGCAAUGGCAGUCGAACUGAAGGAUCUGGCUCCGCUACUGCUCAAGAAGGAGCGCGCCAAUGGCGACAUCAACCCGGCUGUGCUUACCAAUGUGCUGCGCGAUGGCAACGCCGCCAACAGCCGCCGCAAAGAGCUCAUCAAGGUGAUCGAGCAGCAUCCAGUACUUUCCGACCGCGACAUGAUGUUCCGCAACCACACAGAACGCUAUGAGUUCGGCCUGAAGAAGGCCUUCCACUACGUGAAGCUGCUUCAAGACGGAGGCUACACGGACCCGGAGGACCAGCAGAUUUUGUACAAGGCGCUGGGAGAACCGCUCGGCUUCGACGUGCACCGAGCCAUGUUCAUUCCUACACUGGAGAACCAGGGAACCGACGAGCAACGCGCCAAGUGGUUGCCAUUGGCUAGAAACUACAAGAUCUUCGGUGCGUAUGCGCAAACGGAAUUGGGCCACGGGUCCAACGUGCAGGGCAUCGAGACGGUCGCGACGUACGAUAAGGCCACUCAAGAGUUCAUCAUUGACUCGCCCACUCUGACAAGUCGCAAGUGGUGGCCUGGAGGUCUGGGCAAGACUGCCAACCAUGCCAUCGUGCAUGCAAGACUGUACUUGGACGGCAAGGACGUGGGUGUACAGGCGUUCCUAGUGCAGAUCCGAUCGAUGGAGGAUCACCAGCCUCUGCCUGGUAUUGAGGUGGGGGAUAUCGGUCCGAAGGUCGGUUUUAACGGUGUGGACAAUGGCUACUGUGCCUUCCAUAAGAUCCGCAUCCCACACGAUAAUAUGAUGAUGAGAUACGCGAAGGUGUUGCCGGAUGGAACGUUCGUCAAGCCGAAAAGCGACAAGCUGGUGUACUUGACGAUGGUGCAGGUCCGUGCAUACAUGAUCAAGACUGCUGGGCAGCAGAUGGGAGCUGCUAGUACAAUCUGCACUCGUUUCAGUGCUGCUCGUAUCCAGGGACGCACUCCGGAUAACAAGGGUGAGUUCCAGGUGCUCGACUAUCAGAACCAGCAGCACAAACUCUUCCCUCUCAUUGCAGUUUCGUACGCUGCGCUGUUUGCCGGUGUGUCUCUCGUGGACAUUCAUGACUCGGCGCUGAAUGUGAUCAAGAAAGGUGGACAAUCCUUCGGCGCUAAGCUGGCAGAGCUCCACGCCGUGUCGUCGGGACUCAAAGCCUGGCUUGCCGAGCGUGUGAGUGACGGGAUUGAAACGUGCCGUCGUCUAUGCGGAGGUCACGGCUUCACGCAGUCCAGCAACUUGGCUCACUUGUUCGCUGAGAUGGUCGGUGCCAACACGUACGAAGGCACGUCCGAUGUGCUGGUUCAGCAGCAUGCACGGUACCUGCUGAAGACUCUCGCCUCUCUUCCUGUGAACGAGGAGUCCACCACGUUUUUAAACCACGUGAAGCGAUUCAGCGACGCUAAACUACGUUGCAAAGCUCAAACACCCGACGAUUUCGGAAACCUCGAACUUCUCCUCGAAGCUUUCCAGACACGAGCUGCGCGUAUCGUUCUGGCGCUGGCCAGUCAAAUGAAGGCAACGAAGAACGACGGCAAUGCCUGCAUGGUGCUCAUGACACGUGCUUCUGCUGCUCACGCCGAGUUGAUUCUGCUUGAAGCCUUCAUCCACGGCGCACAGAACCUACCUGCUGGCUCUGAAAAGGACUCGGUAACGCAAUUGUGCUCGCUCUUUGGCGCUUGGCUUAUCACCAAGUCGCUUGGAGACUUCCGUCAACACGACUACCUCUCGUCUCAGCAAGUUGACCUUGUUCAGAGCCAGGUCGUGCGCUUACUUCCGGUCAUCCGCAAGAACUGCGUGCUGCUCACAGACGCCUGGGACUUCAGCGAUUUCGAGUUGAACUCGACUAUCGGUCGCUACGACGGUGACAUCUAUCGUGCCUUGGUGAAGCGCGCUGCCGACGAACCUUUGAACAAGACGCAAGUUCCAGAUGGGUACGAGAAGUUUUUGAAGCCGCUUAUCCAGUCAGACUUGUAG